AUGAGAAGCGACGAUGAAGAUGACGAAGACGAGUAUUAUGAUGAGAACGAGGAGGAAGAUGACGAGGGAUUGAACGGUGUCAAUGGAGAUGAAGACGACGGUGAUGGCGAUGAUGCAAUGGAGGAUGGAUCAGACGAUGAUGCUUCUGAUGCAGAUGAAGAUGGAGACGAGGGAGAAGAAGAUGACGAGGACGAAGAUGAAGAGGGAGAUGAUGACAACGACGAUGAUGAGGAGGAGGGAGAAGACAACGAAGAGGAAGAAGAGGACGAGCAAGAUCAAGAGGCUAGUACAGAGGAUGAAGGUGAAGGUGAAGCGGAAGGGGAAGAUGGGGAUAUUGUAAUGGAUGGAAUAGAUGAAGAACCUGGCUCAAUAAAACGAUCAAGGUCACGUUCUCUGCAAGAAAUCACACCUAAUAAUUUACCACCACCACCUCACAUACUUCGACGGAAUCUCUUCAUACCAUCUUACACUUCCUCACCGAAAUCUCUGUCGAUAGAAGCGAUAGUCGGCAUACCACUUCCUUCUCCCGUGCAUUCCCUAACAUCGACGUCUUGUCUCUCUUAUCUGUUAGCAGGAAGCCAAGAUGGUUAUGUGAGAGUAUACGAUUUCUGGAGUAGUGUGAAUGGAGGUCAAAUGAUGACUGCUCAACAGCGAAGUGUCGUCGGUCUAGGUGAAACAGUCAAUAAAGCUGGAGUGGGAAGAGGUUGGUGGGCAAAUGAAGUAGAUGGUAUAACAGGCGGAUCGGUCGGUAAAAGAGCAGAACCAGUCUAUAGUAUGGCUUGUGAAAGUGACGGAUUAUUCGCUUUAACUGGAACACAGUCUGGCCCAAUCAACCUUUUUACUCUGCGGCAUGCCCCUGGACAUCAUGUACAUUCCCUAAAAGGCCACACCAAUGUGGUUUCCUGCAUGUCGUUAUUGCCUAGCGAAAAAGGUCUUUUGAGCGGAUCUUGGGACGGUACCGUUCGAGAAUGGGAUUUGAAUACUGGUCAGACAGUGCGAUCAUAUCCUACACACGGAGCCCAACUCUCUUCCUUGUCCUUUCGACCAUUCACUCAUCCAGCUUCUCCUACACCUUCCCCGCGCCGUCAAUCGGAAAUCGACGAAGAUGGCGAAGAAAUUGAUGGGGACAUCACCACAAAGGAAAACAUCUCCAUCUCAAUGGGACUCGAUUUCUUCAGCAAAGAAGAGACUCAGGACGAAAAUGCAACUCAAAAUGGGCUCCCGAUCAAUGAUAACAAUGAGCCAACCGAAAGUCAUACAGAGAUAGAUGCAGUCAAAGAAGAAGCUAUAUUGAAUGGCGACGUUGAAAUGGCUGAAACCAAGUCAGAAGCCAAAUCACCUUCGAUGGAUUCGUUAUUCGGUGGAGAUGAUGAUGUUGAUGCUGACGCCGAAGGUGAAACUGUACCACCUUCAAUUGUACCUUCAAAAGCUCCAACACCGUUACGUGAAGGAAGUCCAACUGUAAAUUCGUCAAGAUUGAAAGGCUUGGGAUUAGCUUUACCUGGUCAACCGAAACCACACGCGUCGCCAACGACAGCACAGGAACAAGCUACACCGACAUCUUCGUCUGCGGCAGCACCUUUAUUCAUUCCUCAAUCGGUUGGAGCAGGUCCAUCGAGUCGUCAAGCAGCUUCCCACAUUCCUUUACUCAGUCCUACAUCCUACAAGUCAUUCUCGGAUGAUGUGGUCUUGACCAGCUCAAUGGAUGGACAAGUGGUUCUGAUUGAUCGACGGAUACCUGCGAGCGAAGGUGCUGGAGUCGGUGUUGGGCGCUUAAUGCCUGGAGAAAGAGCACCGCCAUGGUGUAUGUCCGCAUGUUGGUCUUCUAAUGGAACACAAGUACUAGCUGGAAGAAGAAAUGGUAUGAUAGAUGUAUGGGAUGUUCGACGAUCAUCUUCAUCUUCCUCGCCAAACCUUCUGAGAACUCUAAGGACACCAGCAGAGUCAGGUCCGAUAAGUUGUUUGGUGUCGUUCCCAGAUGCGAGACAUAUAGCAACGGCUUCACAAGAUAAUGUUAGAUUAUGGAAUACAGCAGAAUAUUUCGAUAAUGAAGAUAGUAUGAGAAAGAGAAGUUCAAAGCCACCUUUUAAAAUUAUAGCUGGUCAUCACGGUGGUACAUUGUCUUCGAUGAUCGUCGAUCCAACAGGUAGAUUCCUGAUCACAGCUUCGGGAGAUAGAGGAUGGCAAGGUGAAUCGACUAAGGUAGUCCUGAUCCAUGAAGUCAAAUGGUGA